UGAUCGUGGGGUAGAUCUUCCAAGUAAAAGAGGGUGAAUCUAACAUCGUGGGUGGAGCCAAUCUUCGCUUGAAGUUCUCGAGGGCAAAUUUUGAUCCCAAAUUAUAAAACCUCCGUUCCCCCCAAUUGUCUUUACCCGCAUUAAAUAUUACUACUGGUCUUUUAUGUUAUCAUUAUUCUUUAAUUCAACAACUGCACCGAAGCCAACGAGGAGUUAACCAGGCGGAAGAGAGAGAGUAGGGAAUGGCGGGGGAAGGAGAGGAGAAGAGUGGAGGAGGAGGUGGGAAUGGCGGCGAAGGGGAGAGAUUGAAGCUGUUUGUGGGGCAGGUGCCGAGGCACAUGACGGAGGCGCAGCUUUUGGCUUUGUUCAGGGAGGUGGCUCUGGUGGACGAGGUCAACAUAAUCAAGGACAAGGUUACGAAGGCGUCUCGAGGAUGCUGCUUCUUGAUCUGCCCGUCGAGGCAGGAGGCGGACAAGGCGGUCAGUGCCUGCCAUAAUAAGAGAACGCUUCCUGGGGCUUCUAGUCCUUUGCAAGUGAAGUAUGCUGACGGAGAGUUGGAAAGACUUGAACGUAAGCUUUUCAUUGGCAUGCUUCCAAAGAAUGUUACAGAUGCAGAAAUUAGUACUUUGUUUUCCAAUUAUGGUAAUAUUAUGGAACUGCAUAUCCUUCGAGGUUCUCCACAAACAAGCAAAGCAGGUUGUGCCUUUUUGAAGUAUGAGACCAAAGAACAAGCUCUUGCAGCUCUUGACGCUCUAAAUGGGAAGCAUAAGAUGAAUGGAUCAAAUAUACCGUUGGUUGUCAAGUGGGCUGAUACUGAAAAAGAGAGGCUAGCCCGAAGAGCUCAUAAAGCUCAAUCUAAAGCCUCUGGUGCGUCUCAUACCAAUUCCUGGCAGCAACCUUCAAUGUAUGGUGCAUUACCAAUGGGCUAUAUCUCACCAUACAAUGGUUUUGGCUACCAGGGUUCAGGAACUUAUGGUCUUGUACAGUACCCUUUAGCUUCCUUGCAGAAUGAAGCUGCUUAUGUAGAAAAUGCAUUUCGUGGGAUAAGCCAUGAUUUGUCCAUGUUUACAAGGCCUAGAAAUUUUGCGACCAUGCAAUCUGCUGGUUAUGUGGGCUCUGGAUAUCCGGGGCCAGAUUAUCCGAGAGUUCAUGGUCUUCAAUAUCCUCUGGCCUACCAAGGAAGCAUGAUGAGCCCCAGGCCUUCGGGCAACUCCCAUGUGAACAAUAAUUUAAUACAUGCUUCAAUUACUAGUACUAGUUCUGUGGGUCAGAUUGAAGGUCCUCCUGGAGCUAAUUUGUUUAUUUAUCAUAUUCCACAAGAAUAUGGAGAUCAAGAGCUUUCAGAUGCUUUUCAAGGAUUUGGUAGAGUUUUAAGUGCAAAAGUCUUCCUUGACAAAGCAACUGGUUUUAGUAAAUGCUUCGGUUUUGUAAGCUUUGAUUCACCAUCAGCUGCACAAGAUGCCAUUAAUGUGAUGAAUGGCUACCAGUUAGGUGGUAAGAAGCUGAAAGUACAACUCAAGAGAGAACACAGAAUACACCUUACUGAUAAUUUGUCAUGAGGAAAAUGUUGAUAUAUAUAGCUUUUUCGGGAAAUAUACAAGGAUGGAAGAUAUUUGUUGAUUUUAUAAUUGAUCCAAACUAUCAGGCCUCAAAGUAGAAACUGGUAGCUUCACUACCGAUUCAAAUUAUUGAGAUUUGCUGACACAAAUCUGUUCUAUUGAUACUUGUUAUUUAUGUAGCAUUGAAAUUGGUUAGUAGCAGCUAUUAAAUUCAUUUGA